CGCCGCGGGCAGGCAAGACCACGAGGGAGAGGUCGCGGUGAGUGAAGGAUGGAUCGGGACUGGGGAUCGAAGCCGGGGAGCGGCGGUGCGGCCUCCGCCCAGAAUGAGGCGAUCGACCGCCGGGAGCGCCUCCGGCGGCUCGCCCUCGAGACCAUCGACCUCGCCAAGGACCCCUAUUUCAUGCGGAACCACCUGGGCAGCUAUGAGUGCAAGCUCUGUCUCACGCUCCACAACAACGAGGGGAACUACCUGGCCCACACCCAGGGGAAGCGCCACCAGACCAACCUCGCCAAGAGAGCUGCCCGCGAGGCCAAGGACGCCCCUGCCCAGCCCCAGCCCCACAAGCGAAAGGUCACCGUCCGCAAGACUGUUAAGAUUGGCAGACCUGGAUAUAGGGUAACGAAGCAAUUUGAUUCAGAGACCAAGCAGCGUUCUCUUCUGUUCCAGAUUGAAUAUCCGGAAAUUGAAGAUAAUACUAAGCCAAGGCACCGAUUCAUGUCAUCCUUUGAGCAGAGGGUCCAAGCCUGUGACAAGAGAUACCAGUAUCUUCUAUUUGCAGCUGAACCAUAUGAAAUCAUUGCUUUCAAGGUUCCUAGCACUGAGAUUGAUAAAUCCACUCCAAAGUUCUUUUCACAUUGGGAUCCAGACCUAAAAAUGUUCACGCUGCAGCUGUACUUCAAGACCAAGCCACCAGAAGGUAAUAAACCACAGGCAGCACCUCCACCGGUGCCCAAUGGCACUGCAGCUCCCGGUGUUCCUCCGAGGCCAUUACCCCCACCACCUCAAGCACCACCGCCGCCACCACCACCGCCACAAGUACCAACGCCUAUGGCAGGCACGCUGCCCCCACCUCCACCACCGGUGGCUAACGGUCCUCCGCGACCAAUACCACCUCCACCUGCGGGAAGCGGCACAAUGGCUAACUUCACUCCAGGCAUCCAGACUGCUCCUCGGCCUCCUCCACAAGGCUUUCCUGGACAGCAGAUUCAAGGCCUAGGUGCUCGCCCACCACCACCACCCCCCAUGGGUCGCUAGAUUCUGAGGCUACUCUCUUCCAGUUAUCGAGGGGCAAGCAAGUACCGGGCGAUCAGCUUCUGCUUGACAUGUCUUACCUGUUAUCUGUUGCAAUUGGUUUCCUACUUGAAGUGAUUUUGUCCCCUCUUACCUAAUCAUAUUUCUUCUCAGAACUGCAUGCGCAGCUGCAGAAGACAGCCAUAUGAUAAGAUGCAAAUCACAUGUAUGAUCAGGUGAAUUAGUCUGAACCGCGUUGAAAGUUGAUGGAUCGCACUAUUAAGUCCAUUUAAAGGUGAUUUCAAGGAUCGACUGCACUAAUGCUAUUUGGUCUUCAGUGAUUAACUUCUUUA